GCCCUCAGAGCCCUCAGAGCCCUCGGGACAGGCGGCCGGGAGGGGAGCGCGCCGGGCAUCGCCCGAGCGGCGUCGGGGCAGCCGGGGCAGAGCUGUGCGGGGAAGCGGGGCAGGAAGGUACUUUUAUGGGGUUGUUCUCGGCCGCCCUCGGAGGGAGGAGGAAGUUCGUUGGCAAAUCAAGCCCUGCCGAGCUGUUGCUCUUCGUGGGGGCAUCAACCCCCGGCGCAGGAUCCCCACGGGACCACCGGAGCUGCGGCUCAGCCCAUCUCCUAAGCAAGCCCACCUUGGAAAAAAAAGAGCCCUUCCUGGUCCAAAAUGUCCCUCAAGCUGCCACGGAACUGGGAUUUCAACCUGAAAAUGGACGCUGCCAAAAUAGCCCGAUCCAGGAGUGUGAUGAGCGGGGACCCCCGCCCGGGCUCCCCCAGUGCCCUGGAGCGGCCCCUGAAGCUGGGCUGGCUCAAGAAGCAGCGCUCCAUCGUCAAGAACUGGCAGCAGAGGUACUUCGUGCUCAAGGGCCAGCUGCUCUACUACUACAAGGAUGAGGAUGAUGCCAAACCACAGGGCUGCCUGUCCCUCCAGGGAAGCACCAUCAAGGAGGUGGCCAGCAACCCAGAGGAAGGAGGGAAAUUCAUCUUCGAAAUCAUCCCAGGGGUGGCUGGAGACCAGCCCCGGGCAGGGCAGGACCCCUGUGUGCUCAUGGCCAGCUCCCAGAGCGAGAUGGAGGAGUGGGUCAAAUCCAUCCGGCGUGUGCUGGGCUCGGCCUCAGGAGCGGUGUUUGGGCAGCGCCUGGCAGAGACCAUGGCCUACGAGCAGAAGUUUGGGCAGCCCCAGGUGCCCAUCCUGGUGCAGAAAUGUGCCGAGUUCAUCCGGGAGCACGGGCUGAGCGAGGAGGGGAUUUUCCGCCUGCCCGGCCAGGACAACCUGGUCAAACAGCUCCGGGACGCCUUCGACGCCGGGGAGAGGCCGUCCUUCGACAGGGACACGGAUGUUCACACUGUGGCCUCCCUGUUCAAGCUGUACCUGCGGGAGCUGCCGGAGCCCGUCGUGCCCUGGGCGCAGUACGAGGAUUUCCUGCUCUGUGGGCAGGCACUGGAUGCUGAUGAGACAAAGGGCCAUCAGGAGCUCCUGAAGCAACUGUCCCUCCUUCCCCGAGACAACUACAACCUCCUCAGCUACAUCUGCAGGUUUCUACACGAAAUACAGUUGAACUCCAGUGUCAACAAGAUGAGUGUGGAUAACCUGGCAACAGUGAUCGGAGUGAACCUCAUCAGACCCCAGAUAGAGGAUCCUGCAACUAUUAUGAGAGGCACUCCCCGGGUGCAGAAGGUGAUGACUGUGAUGAUCAGUGACCACGAAAACCUCUUCCCCCUGUCCAAGGAUGUGCCACUCUCCCCACCUGCCCCCAAAAAUGACAAGAAAGCCCCUGUCCCUCGCAGCUCCGUGGGCUGGGGGGCUGCAGAGGACCCUGCCGUGCCCAGGGCUGUGAUCCAGAGGCGAAUGAGGGAUGAGCCGAAUUCCAGCGACGCCCCUGGACCAGCUGCGAGCUCAAGUGCCCCCAGGGAAGAUAAGGAGCCCAAAGAUACCCUGGGAAUGUGGAAAAUGCAGCCAAGGAAAAGAACUCAGACUUUACCUAACAGGAAGUCCUUCCUGGCAGCGGCUGCUCCGGGGGACAAAGGCAGCCCGGAGAAAAGGGAUGUCUUUGCCAGUGACUUUUGGAAGAGCUCCCCCGGGAGCAGCUCCCGCUCCGUGGUCCCCGAUGGACACAAGAGAACGUUGUCUCACGAUCUUUUUAAGCUGCUCGACCUCCACCGGGCAGCGACCUGCGACAGCAUUCCCCCCUCCCCGCCGGAGAGCGGGGACGGCAGCGGCUCCAGCCCCAGCCCCUGCGGCAGCAUCUCCGACAGGGAAUUCCUGCCCUGCCCCAGCCCCAGCCACGAGCCAAAGGAACCAGCCAGUCCCGCCGCUGAGGUGCCCAAGCCUGAUCAGGAGAGCAGGGAGUUCCUGCAGCACACGGUCCUUAGGCUGGAAAAAGAGAUGGAAGCACAGAAAAAUGACUACGAGGAACAAAUCAAGAGUCUCCAGAAGGAAAACUACGAAGUCUGGGCCAAAGUGGUGAGGCUGAACCAGGACAUUGAGAAGGAGAAGAAGAAGUCUGAGGAACUGGAGCUGAAGUUGAUGAACGUGGAGCGCUCGCGGGAGGAAGUGGAGAAGAAAAACAAGAAGCUUGAGGAGGAGAUAAAAAAAUUAAGUAAACCCACAGGGAAAACUGAUGCCAAAACCAACUAGGAGGAGACACCCAGCUUUGCACAGGCACAAAAUGCAGCUGCACAAAUCCACAGGAAUUUCCAAGCAGGUUCAGAGCCAGGGACUUGUACUGUCCAGUGUCUUGCUACCGACCACGGGCCCAUUUGGAGGGAGGAGUCCAGAGUUUAGAGGCUGGUUAAUGCUCUGAAAAUGGAACUUUCAAAAAUAUCCUUUAGCUUUUUCUGGUGUGUUUAUCUCAACUCCUCUUUCAGCUGCUCAAGUUACCUGGAGAACAGGCCAAUACUUCCUGCUGCUCAGUCAGAAUGCCUUGCACGUGGGAGUUUGGGUGAGGGACACGUUUUGCCUCUACAGAAAGAAAUCCCUCCUCCAGCCCCCUGGUGCCUUGCUGGGGAUCCCCACCGUGCAAAACAUCCAUGAAUCCUGGAUCCAGGGAAACAGAGGAGCCCCAGGGUCAGGAUGGCACAGCCCAUUGCCCGGUGGGCUGCAAGUGCUUCAGCACCUCAGCUGAGGUGUUCAUGUUGAUUCCACAGCUGGUUAUUGCUCUUAUAGAGCAGGACAAGCCCAAAGAGCUCCUCAGGUCAGUCAGAGAUCUCCUGUGGAAUCACCUGCUGUGAUCAUCAACACCAAGGCUCCAGCUGGAAAAUCCCAAUAUCACAGAAACCUCUUCAGUUCAGAGGUUGUUCAGGUGUUUGAAGUUGCUGUUCCCACAUGCACAGAAAUCCAGCAGAGCUGACAAAGCUUUGGAGAGCACUUUCACACACCCCUACUCGGAGAUCUUUGUGCAGAGGGAGUCCAUCAGCAACUUUCCCAGCACAGAAAAUGGGGCUGCUACAAUUUCCCUGAUGGGCAGUUUUCAAGGAAUGACAGAUCUGGAUUUAUUUACUGCCCCUGCUUUGGUUUCUCAUUGUUUCUAUAGCACAGAAUAGGAUUUCCUCAGCCAGCUGGUGAAGACCUGGGUUUGCACCCCAACCAUGAUGUUGGGGCUCUCCUCAGCACCUACUGCCACCACCAUAAAGACAAACUGGACCCAAAAAUCCCAUUGUGGCUAUUUAUGACCUUGUCUGCUUCUUCCCACCCCUGCCAGCAAGUCGUGGUUCCAGCAGUACCACGGUGUUGCCAAAGCUUUUUGGGGGAGGAAAGAAAAAUAGCAGGACUGAAGAAAACCUUUCACUCCCCAUUUAUGUUGAGAAGGGGGAAGAGCAACACCCAGGCUCAGCUCAGCACAGAGCCUUCAUGGGGAUGGAAAGGAGAAAACCAUGGAGACUUGCAGGAGUUUUCAAGCAGGACCAACCACAUGUGUCUGUGCCAGGCACAGGGAGGUGAAUCCCAAAAUACUGGAUUCAUGCUACUGAGACCUUGGCUUUGAUGAGGCAAAAUUAUGUUCAAGACAGGCUGCAGAGCUGUCUGACAGAGCCUGGGGAGGAAAAAGAACUGUUGAGAGGAAGGCACACAGAGGAAACUGUGUGAAACAAAGGGAGAUGGGAGGGGGAAAACAUUGUUGGAGAAUAAAAGUCAAUAUUGGGUAUAAAGCACUUGCUUCUCUCAGCCUUGCUGGGGGUGGGGUGGGGUGGUCUUGUUUAGCCCUAAGACUGAGCCCAGACUCAGUCUCAGACUUAGAUUCAGUUUGGUGCUUUGAACCCACCUUUGCUCAGCUGUGGGUAUAAAGUACUAGUGAAGGAGAGGUUUGUGAAAGUUGAGCUGCAUUUAAAAAUCCAACCCAUAAAUAACUCAUUGGACCUA